AUGUACCAUGAUGAAGUUGAAAGAAGUAGGUUAGAUGAGAAAAAUGUGAAACUGUUGUCAGCCUUCGAUUUUCGAGAUGGAUUCGUUACUGUAUCAAUUACAUCUGUUGAUAGAGUAGGGUGGGAACCAAUAAAGAUAAUUUUGGAAUUUUUUUUGAAUUCUGAUUCCAGAACACCUGCCUAUUGUCAUUAUUUUGACAAGUCCCAUCGUCCAAUUCCAGAUGCCUCCAGACCGAUUUCUUUUUACACUGAUACCACAGCUCGAUGCCCGAUUCACGGAAAUAGCGAUGCAAGAUUUAUUGCAUUAAGCUAUUCGUUCAGAAAAUCUUCACAACUUGUACCUAUUCUGAUUAGAAGACGUCAAUUCUACGAAAAGAUGCACGAUUUGACAGUUUGUGUUGAGUUCGAGCCGCAACCGAAUUGGCUGGAGAUUUCUGCUUUUAUUGAGUAUCAUCGAAGUUUAGGUUUUUCGUUUUUCCAUUUUACAACUGUAGAUUUGGAUGCAUACAAUAGAAGAAUGUUUGAUGAUUAUAUUAGAUUAGGAAUCGUGAAACUAACUUCGUUGAGAAGCUCCAAUCCAUCGCCAAAUGAUUUCAAAACGAUUCAAAGAUCGAAUUGUCUACUUCAUGCUAGAUUAGAUUCCCGUCUGGUUACUUUCCUCCGAAUCGAUGAGCGAGUUUCCGAUAUUCCGUUUUUCAACAAAAAAUUAUGGGAAGAAAAUGUUUCGGAUACUAGAAUUGUGACAAAUGCCAUCAAAUGGGAGAGCAGUUUAGAGAAAUAUUCGAAUGAAUCAGCUUUCAAAGAGACUCUUCGAUCGUUUAGCUACAAAAAGCAUGUACAGUUCCGGAAAGUGAUUGAGCCAGAAAGAAUCCAGACGAUGGAUCAGAUUUCCGAGGACUUUGUUUACAAAAAAGCAUCAACUCAUUCUGCAUCGAUCCCUGAAUCUGUGUUUUCUUCUGUAAUCUCUCGAGUCAAGUACAACUACGACACCAGACCAAUUUAUUGUGACGAAUUCGAUAUUACUGUACUAUCAUGGUGUCCUGUUAACUUAUACCACUGCCGUUUCCGAGAUGAAGAGGAUAAGAAGAUUAUAAUGGAGAAAAGAGAGGAAGCCAGGAAAGUGAGAUAUAAGCAGGAGACAAUCAGAUGGUGA